CUUAUGAGCUGUUGCUUCAUUGGUGCAUCCAAGAGCAGCUUCCUGUUAUUUUAUCUGUUGAAUCAGUUUCUCUUCUCAGAACCAGACCCUGGUUACCCUACUGACGGCACAGGAGUAAAGCUGCUCUGUGGGAACAUUUGAUUCUCUAGAGUUCUCAUAAUAGCAGAUUCUCUAUAGCAAAAUGGCAAAGAUACUGGGACAAUGAGAGUCAUUCAAUCAUCCAUCUAAAAGAGAGAGUUGACUACUGAGAAACAUACUAAGGACAAAACUAGCACAUACACUCAGAAGAUGAGAAAAAGGUUGGGAAUGCUUCAGAUCAUAUUUUCAGAAAGAUGGAAUCUUACCAACCAGAUCUUGAAAAACUAACAGAUGAGCACCAGACUACAGGGUUGUUUUUCUAUUGCAUCUGGGCUGGAAUUAGCCCAAAACUACACAUGGUGAACAAUGAACAACACUGCUGAGUGCCAUGAUGAUCACACCCUGGAUAAGUAUUUGUUUCCAUUUGUGUACAGCAUUGUGAUGGUGAUCAGUAUUCCCAUCAAUUGCAUAUCCCUCUAUGCAUCUUGCAUUCAGGUGAGGAAAAAGAAUGAGUUGGCAGUCUACCUAUUUAGUCUGUCCCUGGCUGACCUUUUGUACUCUGUGAUUCUGCCUCUGUGGAUUGAUUAUGCCUGGAAUGGAGAUAACUGGACACUCUCUGCCAGGCUUUGCCAGAUUUCUGCCUUCCUUAUGUACAUGAAUUUUUACACCAGCACUGCAUUCCUUGCUUGCAUCUCUCUCGAUAGGUACCUGGCAUUAGUUCACCCCCUGAAGUUCCAGCACUUACGCACAAGAAGAAUUUCACUGAUUGUCAGUGUAAUUGUUUGGCUUCUGGAAGGCACCUUUAAUUCAGUUAUACUGAUGAAUAAAGAAGUAUUUAAUGAUCCUUGCAAUUCUACUAAUCAUAUAUUAUGUUAUGAUAAAUACCCACUGGAAUGGUGGCAAGCACAGGUAAACUUAUUCCGGAUAUGCUCAGGGUACCUGCUCCCUUUGAUAAUCAUUUUGUUUUGCUACCAUAAAAUCUACCAAGCAGUGAGAUAUAAUCAAGCCACAGUAGAUGAAGAGAAGAAAAAAAUCAGGAAACUUAUACUGAAUAUCACAGUUACUUUUGUUGUUUGCUUCACUCCUUAUCAUGUUGUAUUGCUUAUUCGCAGCAUCAAAGAACCUCACACCUCUAACCUACAGCUUUUACAGUCAAUGUAUAAGAUUUACAGAAUCACACAAGCCUUUACAAGUCUGAAUUGCAUUGCCGAUCCCAUUCUUUACUGCUUUGUGAGUGAAACUGCACGAACAGACAUUCUGAAUUUGCUCAGGUGUUGCUUAUACCUACAAAAGCCUGAAGAAAACCAACCAGAAGAACAUGCUCUGUGCAGUUCUGCUAUGAAGACCAAUGCACUGGUCACCUACAGAUCUUCCUGUGAAACUGAGACUCUGUAAAAUGUCUGUGAGAGCACAGUCAAAGCAAAAGUGGAUAACAUAAAGGGAAAAUAAAUUUAAAAAAAUCUUCCCUUAUCUGUAUCUGAGUAAACAACCCCAAAAUACUCUAAUCUAGGUGAAACCAGUAGCUGGAACUAAUAAGAAUAUAUUGCAGGGUCAGUGAAAUCAGCGGAGCAUCAUAACUUCAAAUCAGGUGUGGUAUGUAAAUAAGUGUCAGCAAACAGUCAAGAAAAAUGAACAUGACAUGCUGACAGAAUUACUGAGGGUCCCCCAAAGAACUUCCUCCUGUCUCAGCUUGCUAGGUAGCCCAUAUGCUCGGUACACACAUACUCAGCUGGAAGAAGUUCUUUCAACCUGGUUUUCCAGUUUUAAAAGAAAUCUAAAGCUCAUCUGAGAAAGAUUCUUAUGUAGGAUCUUUUCAUAAAUUAGUACUGUGACAGAAAUGGAUGAAAAACGCACACACACAUAGAUUAUUCAAACGAUUGACAAAGAAGCAGACAAACUGAUGGUGCUAUGAUGAUCCCUGUCUUUCAGAAAUGACUCAAGUUCUCCUUCGGCAUAACCCCUCCAAUUAACCACAUUUUAAAAUUGUUUACUUCAUGUAGACAGCUACUUACCUGCUCUUAUGUGUUUUAGCUUGUGGAAAAUGUACAUUCUGAUGCAUUAUCAUAUGGCAUCCAGUUUCAUUCUAAUAUGAGAGUACUGAAUUUCAGACGAUUGAAGAUUCAUUACUUAGAAUGCAUAUAGGGAAUGAAAUUCAAGCCACAGAUGAUUAACUCAGAUGAAAUUUUACCUCAUAUGUUCAGGAAGGUAAGGAAAGGAUUGAACAGUGAGGUUUCACAUCUCUGUGAAAGAAAAUACCUAUCUUCAGUCUAGCUUAUUGUGACUGAAAUCUGGAGUGUGGUUUUGUUUGUGGAGUCAAAGGAACAAAAAGGUUUAUAUUCAUUUACUUAACUGCAGCUGGAGGCCUCACCUAGAGUUUCCAGAGCUCUCAGUCAGAAAAUUAAAUAAUCAGUCAAUAAGCUAACAAACAAUACUAACAAGCCAAUGAAGAAUAAGGCAACAAAGCAACACAAAUAUUGAAAAUGUUGAAGUUAACAGCUCUACUUUUGAUAUGUGCUAAUGCAGACAUCUGUUCACGUGAUUCACAGAUAGUAAUGGCAGCAUGAUCCUGCGAAAAAAUAGUCAAAAUUUGCCUCCUCUCACAAACUUUUCACUUUUGGACAGUUUCCAGGAAGUAUGUUCAGUUGUGAUGGUUUCCCACUUUCACAGAGGAUGAAAAAAAUACUUCCACUAAAAAUAUGUCCCUCUAGCAAGUCUGUAAUGGAAGGAAUUUUGACCAGCACUUUUCAGCACACAUCCAACUGGCAUUAUAUUUGGAGGACCAGCAUUCAGUGGUCACAAUCAGUAUGGAAAUUCUUAUAACAAGAUCCCUCUGCAUAGAAAUGAAAAUAUCUCCAAUUACAAAGAAUCACUUUCAUUCCACUGUUCCUGAUUAUGUCUAUUUAUAUUUUUGAUUUAUUUCACAUUCUGAGAAGGGAACUUGAGAGGCUGAGGAAACUGGAGAUGUUCAGCCUGGAGAAGUGAAGACUUUUCGUGUCCUAAUGGCAGCCUUGCUAUACCUACAAAGACUGUUGAGAAGAUGUAGCCAAGCUUUUCACAGCAGAAGGACAAGAAAUUGUACGUAACUCAAAGCAAGAAGGAUCUUCAGUUGAUAUAAGUAACAUUUUUGGAACUAUGAGGACUGUCAAGCAGUGAAGCACAUGGCUCCAAGAGGUCCUGCACUCUCCAUCCUUGCAGGUUUUCUAGAUCCACCUGGACAAAGCCCUGAGCAACCUCGUCUGGCCUCACAGCAGAGCUUGCUUGGAGUAUGAAAUUGAACUAGAGACUUUCUUAGGUCCCUUCCAAACAGAAUUAUCAUGUGAUCCUAUGAAUUUUUAUAAACAUUUGUAUCAUUAUUCUGGCUGCUGCCUUCCUCUUUAAAUAGUUAUGUUCCUCUCCUUUCUUUGUUUCCAUUAAUCCUUAUACUGGAUUUUGUUUUGAUGUGCUUUUUUUGCUUUAAUUCCAUUUUAUAUAUUAUGAAAGGAAAAGUAUGCAAACAUCAGUGCAAAUUGCUUCACCACAGAUCUGUCCCUAUACUGACCUAAGAACACAAUGUAUUAUGCAACAGAAUGAAAUUUCACUGCAGCACUGGAAUAAAGCAGAACUAAGAUUCACUGUAACUUCAUGGGGAAAAAAAUAUCUCAGUGAUUUCAACACCUCAUACAUGCCAAAAAGGCUGGAAAGCUAAAUCCAUUGGGGUUUAAAAUUAUAUUAAAUAAGGGGUAAUGGCUACUAAAGCUAAACAACAAAAUUGAUUUGAGUUUAACCUGUGCAUCAGGAAGCUGGCUGGUCUGCAAGGGACAAGGAACCAGAAAGCUCAACAAAAAGCUGUGCAAUCCCACGGCACCCAAGCGAGGCGUGCAGAUCAGAUUUGGUGAUGGUAAUCAGCAUCAGCCAACAGCACUGGACAAAUCCAUAGUGACAAGGCAGGUCUGAGGCUGAGAUGGAAAGUCAAGGCAGCAAGCCGAGGUCAGGAUCAGUGAGGUACAAGGCCAGGCACCACAUUCCUGAGAUGUAGCUCAGCAGGGCAAGUUCUUGAACUGACAAGUAACUCCUGUUCCAAGGAGGGGGAAUCACCACCAAGAAUCCUCCAGCUUCUUCUCACAUAACAACUUCUCCCAGCAGCCUGGCCCAAGUUGCAUGGCAGCACCAUGCCAGCACUCACCUCCUCACAGGCAGCCAAAUCCAAGAAGGCAGGGGAAGAGACCAUAGAAUGUGUAAAUUCAAGGUCCUGACCCUGCGCAAAGAGCUUCACUUCCACAAAAUUUGACCCUGUAAUUUUAUAUAUUAUAAUUUUCUACCAUUGUUUAUGAAAGCCCUAGUUUGGACCAGCUUCCAUUGUUAUGUACAGAUGUUUUUUAUAGCAUCAGUUCUCAUAGUACCUCCCUACCUUACUGAAGAUCCGUUUUGAGAUAAAGGAAAUCAAUAACAAUAGCUGGCCCAUAGGCUGGGCUUCAUGAAGGAUCUCAGAUAAAUUAGGGGUCUACUUUAGGAAAAUAAAACAUAGGUAUCUAAUCUCUUUGGCUGUUAUGAAAUGCUAACUUUAUCCAUUUACUGUCUGUUAAAAUGAGGAAGCUGAGAUGUAGAGAUUGCAAUGCCCUGUACUUCAGUCAUUUCUGUAUUUACCUUGGUACUUUUACAUAGCUAAAGAUUUGCACUCUUUUUCAUUCUCUCUCCAACUUUGUUUGUCCCAGCUGGACCAAAUUUACUGUAUGAAAAUAAACAUCUAUAUUUUUUGAGAGUCACACAGUGCUAUAGGAGAGGAUAGAACAGUGAAAAAUAAAUGUCUUCAUGAAGGCUCCAAUCCAUGGACUACUAUUACUGAAUAUUUUGUAUAGAAUUCCUAAUAGCUCUGCAGUCAAAAAUCAGAUGUAAGUUCACAGAAACUCCUUCAAAAGCAAGGACAUUUCUUGCACCAAAGAGUUUAUAAAAUCCAAAGAUCUAUUUAUUAGCAAGAAGAAAUAUAUGAAUUCAAAUUCCAAUUUUUCCUCACAGACAAGGCCUAAAAGCACUAAUGUACGAUCUAGGUGAGACACUAGUACCUAUCUCUCUUCUCAAUCUAUUAAAUAAGAAUAUGGAUAAUUAAAGGGCUGUGAUGGUAAUUUAUUUAAUAACUAGUGUACAAGAUGUCAGUGCUAAAUAAUACUGUUUUCAGCACAAUAACAGAGGUAAAUUUGUAUAUCAGUAAUUUACUUCUAGCAGAAUAUAAUUUCCAGUAGCCCAGCAAAGAUAUAAUACAGCUUCUUAAGCUAGGAGUUUUUCAGAGAACUGUGGUGACCUUGCUGGUGCAAUUUCAGACUUCAUUUAAGCUGCAUUUCCUAGAAUCUUAGCCACAAGCUGUCUCAUAGCAUUCAUGAUACAGAUCAUUGUUCUUUUCUGAUCCAACUACACAUCUUAAUAUCAAUCCUGACUCACAUGGCUGUAGACUAACAGGGACUAACAGACACUCUCACUGAACUUUUUUCUGAGUCUCUAACACGUCUGACUUCAGAGCCACUGAGAAAGACAAAGAGAAGCUUGAAUUUGAGCUAUAUUCCACUUCCUGUUUCCACUCAAAGAGAAUGACUUUUUAAAAUUAUUUUAAUUACUCCAGUGACAAGUUUCUGUGACUGUCACUCUUUUAUGCCAGUAAGGAAAGGAGUGCAGUGCCACAGUUUAGCUACAUGCCACUUUUCACAUUGCUUACCAGCAUCAUCAGUGUUGUCAUUGGCCUAGUUCUCCAGUUUCUAACAUGGCAAAGCAGCAUCUCCUUCAUUUACGCCCGGUCUCCACUCAGCAUAGAGAGCACAAAGGAGUGAGAGUGUUAGAGUGCUUGGUACCGGUGCCCUAAGAAAGGGAACUGAAGUGUUCAUCUGCACAUAUCAGGGGUCUGGAACAACUGCUGCACCCAGUGGAUAGGUGCUGAAAAUGGCCAGUUUUCCUUUCAUGAGAUAGCAGUUACCCGUAGUUCCAGAGCCCUGUGAGGUGACAGCCUACUCCUGCUCAGUGUCACCCUCUGCACUGUACCACAUCUGAAAAGCCAAGGCCUAGUAUUGAUAGAGGGUGGGGAAUAACAGGGAAAGUCCUUGUGCAUCUUCUAAAUGUUUUUAUGUUCUUUUUGUACAGCUGCACUACAAUGGCUGUUUUACUGAUAUAAUGCUAGCCUAAAGGAAAAAUAGGUCACUCCCUUUUUUGAUCUUUUUCUUUUCUUUUUAAAUUGACUUUGAGAAUUUUGUUGACAGAGAGUACAGAUAUCCAGCUCCUUUAAGUGGAGUGUGAGAGACCUUGGGGGAAAAAAAAAAAAAAAAAAAAAAAAAAGGAAAAACACAUCUCUCACAAGCUGUUACUUUAAAUUUAGAAUUUUUAGAAAUAUUAUUGCUAUAGCAACAACUUCUUGGUUAAAGGUUCAAUACCAGAGACAACAGAUUCUUUUCUUUUUUGCUUCUUUUUUUAUUCUUCUUCCCUAGUGAACACAGAAUCUUUUGCUAGAUGAAAAACUGUUGGCACAGAUUUGGUAGAACUGCAGUCAGAUACUGAACUGGUGUCCGAUAACACAUAAAUAUACAUAUAAACAUAACAUUUAGUUUUAUGCCCAUUACACAUGUCAGUGAACCUCAAAGUUUUUGCUAUGGUUCUUUAGAUAUCUAGAUGUGGUACACUGUGCUUCAGAUGAGAUACUGAAGAUCAUUUAUCAUAAGCAAUCACUUACUGUCUUUUUCCAAUAGCUGUUGGUAAUAUCCUCAAAUGUGCUAUUUUGAGUUUCAGCUGAAGCUUUAUUUUGUCUUGGAAAACUAUGACCUUAGCUUUUGUUUCUCAUGAGUUAAGUUUCCUCCCUUUUAACAACAGAUAUGUGAAGUAAUGGCUAUUUUUCCUGCCCCACAUGAAGAAUGACACUGAGAAACAUUAUUUCACACUUCUAGCAAUUUACCACAGUUAUUUGUGCCUUGAUUUCAGCCUUAAUCCGGAGAUAUAUUAAGCUAUUGGAAGAACUGUCCCCUCAGUUUUCUUCUGAUGCCUUUGCAGAUGUCAAGGCAAGUACUAAAUCUGGAAAGCCACAGUCUAAAGGAGAGGUGCAACCAAUGUAUCCCAAUGGCUUUGGGAUACAACUCUUUCUCAGUUUUCCUCUUCUUCCCUUGACACCUCACAUACCUGCUGCUAUCCUAGUUUGAAGAACUGGGCUUCACAAAGCUCUCGCAUAUGACAUCUCCAGAGUCUCACAAAGCAGGCUGGCUUACAGCAACUCAUCUUCUGAGAUUGCUUUAACCUUAGCAGACUCAAGAACUCUUUAAUGAGAAGGAUGGUUAAAAAACAACCACCACCACCACCUAAGACUUGGAGGGCAAGAGAAACUCCAAUUAUGCCAAGUUUCAAUUUCUAAGACUAAUUUUGAAGAGAGAAUAAACACAUGGCUUCACCUGUCUUCCUUGCUUAUCCUAAGGGACUACAAUAUACUAAAUAAUCCUCAGAAAACGAAGGUUUCUAAUCCUUCUCAGAAUACAGAAAAGAUCAAACUAAAGGCGAGUGCUGAUACAUUCACAGUAACCCCAUGAAGGCAAAAAUGACCUGUCCUUCCCGGCUUGCAGGGGGUGCGUACACAUGAACAUCUGAACACUCAGUGAGCCAACGUACAGAUUCUGUGUAGUAUAACCAACCUAACUAAAUGUUUUAGACCAAUCUGUACAGGAAAGCAAUACUGCUUUUACGCUCACAUUUGUUACAGCAUUAGUUCCAGAUGUGUGAAAUACAACUGACAAUUUCCUGCUCACCUAUUUUAACAAGAGUAAUGCCAAUCUUCCUUGCCUGUCUGUAUGGCUGUCAGCGCACAAUGCACUGUCACAAUCCAGUCCACAUAUUGCUACAGGAACAUAACAAAACUAGCAAAAUACUGCAAUGUAUAUAUUCUCAAGGAAUUCCUGGUGAGUCAUUGUUUAGUGUUGUGCUGAAAUUCAUAGCUGUUGUUAAUUCCCCUGUAACAAUCUGUUUGAGUAACACAUUUCUUCACUAAGUCUAACAUUCACACUUGGAAGAUUUAUUACUGGGGAAAGCAGGAAAUAAACUUAGCAGUUUAAAAUUAGCUCCUUUGGAAAAUGAAAAAUUCAGCUCUGAAGUUUUUUUUUUUUGAUCCCUUCUACAUCACUAGUAGAUUCAAAAAUUGACUUUAGACAGACCUGGCAUAUGCAGCUUUGAAAACAUCAAGAAAUACUUAUCACCAUAACUCAAACUCUACCAAGGAAAGUAAAGGGCAAUAAUUUGCGUUAUUUACAGUCAUCAUUUCACCAGAAGUUUUUCAUGUGGUUAUUUGAAAGUUACAGCUCUUGUACCUGGAGGUUCUUAUAUUUUCCUUUAUCUUGUGCUUUGUGUUUACCACUGCAGAAAAAAAGAGUCUUGAAAUAGUGACUCUUAAAUGCCUAAAUGUAGCAGUGGAGGAAAAUAAUUCUAAAUAAACUACAUGUUACAUGUCAUUAUUUUUAAUAAAACCUUGACACUUUGAUCUGAUUUGCUAAGAUUUUUUUUUGAAGCUUGAUGUCCUUAUUUUUGAACAAUAACAGGAAGUAACCCACAAAAAGCAUCAGAAUAAAAAUAAGAGGAAAGUGAUAAGAGUGCAGAGGUGAGGACUGAAGAACCCUACAAAGCGGAUUUAACUGGAAGCCUUUACAAAAAUUGCUAACUUGGUCUGUGUAGGUUUAUCUUUGUUGUUCGCUCAUUUUAACUGAUUACAGAGAUAUUAAAAAUGAAACCACUUCUGGAUACUUCUGUGGAUUUCAGUCAAUUACGCAGUUUACCUAUUUCUAGCAUUUCAUUCAGAGAAACUAGGACCAAGAACUCAGAGACUCUUCAAACACAACCUACACAGGAAGCAUAAGAUAUUCACUACAGACAUUGAACAUGGCCCUUCACUCAAACCCCUGUAAAUAUACUGCAAAUAAUCAAGUUGUAAUUGCAUGGAGAGGUGGUAGUUAUCCCUAUGCUUGGUACGCACUUUCUAUUUUCCUGUCGCUUCAGCAAAUUAAUUUCUACUUAGUCUUUUCUUGCACAGAACAAAUGAUGUAGCAUCUUCAAUCAAAGAAACAUAGCAAAAUACUUCACAUAUAUAGUUGUCUCAGUUGUAAUUGCAGUAGAAAGCCUGAUCCAGAAGACUAUCCUCACUAGGUGGCGAUUUUGGUCUGCUCAGUCAGGCCUUACAGAAGAGCAGAAAAAAUCCUAGUUUUAAGAUGUGUUUCUUAUAUAGAAUAAAAAAAAAAAUGCAGUGUGCAAACAGAGCUGGCCCCUAAGUUUCCAGGAAGACGAGGUGAGCUGUUGAAGUCCUUUCAGAUUCAGCCUUGAGAUGCUGCAAGCUGCCAGGCUGUUAAUCACCAGACCUGAGAACUAGAAGUUAAGCAUAAAAACACCCACAAAACCUAAAGACCUUACCUGCACGUUAUGAGCUUCCUACAAGCCUAGAUUUAUUAACAACUUGUUUAUAAUUUUUUUUUGUAAAAAAAUUUUGUCUUCUUCCUCCCUACUAUUUAUUGCAAAAUACAUAGACAGGCAGUAGGCAUCUGUACUGCUAAACAAAGGAAGCUCUUUCUAGUCUGUAGCCUGAUGGGUUCCUCAUUCCUGUAAUCGUCCCACCAGCCUUUUUCUUCCUAUGUUCUUCAUGUGCUCUGCUCCUGGGGUUGGCACCAGUUCCAAAGCCUCACCUGUGCUCAGUCAGACCUGCUGAAAGGCUUCCCUACGUCUGCCAAACCCCUCUAUCUGAUAUAUCACACCACCAGGCGCAUAAUGCAUUCCACUGGACAUUCAUGCUUCUUCUGUACCAGUCAGCUCCUCUCCUCAGCCAUGGGAGCAGAUGAGCUCCCAGGGCAGCAGCUCUCUUGUUAUCAGCCACAAAGUACAAAGUAUUUUGCAUUACUGAAGGACCCCUGAAACAGAUUCAUGCUUUACCCACAUUACAGUUACAUGUUUCUUCACAGAUACUCACUUCACUGAAAUACAAUAAAUCAUUUUCCUCUCUUUGCUCAACAAUCAGACCUUCUAAGUACUGCACUAGUAUCAUGUUCUUCCACAACAUUCCUCCAGUCACUGCAAGAUCUAGCUUCAUGUCCAAGGCAGUACCUCCUCCCCAAGGGGUUCGCAUUACAAUAAAGCUUUUCAGGUGCCCCAAACUCAGCACACCUGUUUACCAGGACGAUUAGGCCUCUUCCUUCUAUUAGCUGGAAUACCAGUUCUAUUAUCCAUUACGGUUUAAUUCAAUUCUUGUACUUUCUUUUCACUAUAAUGGUAAUCAAUAUUUCUUUAUACUUUGCCAUAUUCUUGUUUUUCUUCUUUCUGUAUAUAAGGAACAGACAGAGCAAUUACACAAGCCUCUUUCAAUACUUUAGUGACAACUACGAGUCUUCUCAACCCCAAAAGACAAAAUUUCAUUAAUUACUUUGCUUUUAAACAAUUGUGGUCUUCAUUUCAAAGUGAUUUAUGUAUUUCAGGAAGCAGUAUGGAAUGAUUUAAAUUCUCAGCAUUUAUUAGCUUUGCUCCUUUGAACUCAAUUUUUAUUCUAGACAACGUUAUUUAUAUGAAAAAGACGUCAUAUGAAUAAUGUGAUUCUCUGAGAUGAUUCCAAAUGUCUGCAACUACAAUGAGAAAUUAAGCUAAUAAACUGUGGCCACUUAAUUGUACAUAAUGACUUGCAGUACACCAUCAGCUCUUAUUUUGCUGGUCCAAUCAUAUACACUUAAAUUCUUAAUUUAACAAGGAAAGAAAUUGAACGUUAGGUGUUGCAGGUCCAAUCCAUAUGAUGCAUUAGGCUCCUGUUAUUCCUUUCUCUUGUGCCCUAAUGUUGUUAGUCCUUGAUGUCUGUUCCCUUCUUCUGUCUUUUCCCCAAGCUAUAUUGCUGUAUUUCUAUAUCUCUAUAUUGCUCUGCCUUGCUCCCUUAUAUAUCCAGAGGAACAUUUAUAAAAUUAUCUCUGUUCAUCUUCUUAUACCUUUAUUAUUAGCCUAAACAACCCUAAG